CGAAAUUAAGCCAAAGUAUGUGGAAAUAGAAAGCUCUUUAAAUUGCUACUGCGUGUGUUGUUAAUCGUGACAUGUUGCCUCCGUUCCUCCACACCGAUCGACAGGAUUUUGUGCCUAAGUAAGCAGUACCCCAGCCUUACGUAAUUUGAUUCAGUUUGUGUUUGCACCGCUGUCCGUUGGCGUUCCAAAAACUUUUCCAAGUAGUAGCUGUGAAUACACAAAAAUGACUGCCCCUACGGCAAGCAGCAGCAGCUCUGGGCCAUCACAGCCGAGUAACAGGUUUUUGCACUACGAGGGAGCCAACCACUUUCGGCAGCGCCUGGUGCUGUCGACGCUGUCAGGCCGGCCGAUCCUGAUCAAGCAGAUUCGCACGGAGGACCGGCGACCUGGGCUGCGGGACUACGAAAGCAACUUCAUUCGGCUGCUGGACAAAAUCACCGAUGGAGCGAAGAUCCAAAUCAACAACACGGGGACGCAGCUUCGAUACGAACCUGGACAGCUAGUCGGAUGUAAGGACCGGGUGAUCGUGCACGAAUGCCCGGCGAGUCGGUCUCUCGGAUACUGGUUGGAAGCACUCGCGCUCCUCCUGCCGUUCGCGCGCAACCUGACGAAGUUGAAACUGGUUGGCGUGACCAACGAUGGCACCGACCUCUCGGUUGAUAGUUUCCGCAGUGUCACCUUGCCCUGGCUGAGGAAAAUGUUCGCGCCGCAGCGAUACGUGCAGCCGGAGUUUGGGGAACAAAUGUCGGAGAAGACGACGAAUAACACGGCGCUGAACGGGACGGUGCCGCAGCAGAACGUGUAUCUGCACACAAACCAAACAAACUUCGCGACCGAGCAGCUGACUUUCCAGGUCUUGCGACGCGGUUGCGGUCGCGCAAGCGCGGAAGACGACGCAGUUCCAGCCACCAAGGGCGAAGUGCUCUUUCACUGCCCGACGCUGGCCCGCGUCCGACCCCUGAAUCUUAUUGAGGACUUCCGGUGCAAGCGAGUGCGCGGAGUGGCUUUCACUAGCGGUGUGACUCCACAAUACGCCACGCGAAUGUGUGACGCGGCGCGCGGCUUGCUAAACGACUUCCUACCAGACGUCUGGAUCUUUGCGGACCACGACAAGCCAGCUGAAAAGGGAAAGAAAACCGACGACGAGGGCGUGAAAAGCAGAGGGUACGAAUUUCUUUAAAUUUCUUUAAGAAGGGCUUGCUCCUCGUACUCUCGCCAUUGAUGCAGGAUGGAUUUUGAAUUGUUGAGUUUUGCUAGUCAGGUGCGUUAUAACGCUCGUUAUUAGAAAAAAGUAAAAUCAGGUUUGGCCUCUCCCUCGUGGCGGAGUCUGUGGAUGGGACCUACAAGAGCAUCGACGUCUUCAGCAACGGCGAUCUCUCAGCAACCGAGAAGGCCAUGUUUGAGGAAGCCGCAACAGCUGCCGACUCGGAUGCAGAAAUGAGUGACAGCAGCGAAAACGACGAGCAUGGCGAUGACAACUCGGAGCGCAAGAACGCUGACAAGACAAAAGAGCGAACUGCUGCGCUGACGAAGGAGCAGUUGCAGGAUGUGCCUUUCGCUCUGGGGAAGGCAGGCGCGUGUCGCCUGCUCUCCGAAUUGGCUCUGGGUGGAUGCGUGGACACGACGCAUCAAGUGCUGCUAUUGCACUACGUCGCCCUCGCAGAGGAGGACGAGGCGAGCCGAGUACGGGUAGGAAAGUUGACGCCGACGACGAUCGAGUACCUGCGGCACAUGAAGGAUUUCUUCAACGUUGAGUUCAAAAUGCGACAGCAAGAGGACGAUUCUGUCGUCCUAUCUUGCGUCGGCGUGGGGCUGGCCAACUUGAGUCGUCCUACAUUCUAAGCUGGAUUGUGAUGUUGACCUUUGGGUCUUUACCCGCUUUCGGCAUGUUGAAAUAGCUCUCGAGUACUAGUGUGUGGAAGAAGAGUUUUUGUUUAGCGAAAAUCUGGUGGUCCAUUGCACGCGAGACGGCGAGUCG